GAAUGUGAACCCUUCAUCGGGGCGCGCGCGUCUAUUAUAGACUCUAGAGUCUUUUCUGGAGGCCCAGCCUUGUUCAGAGCCUUGUUCCACUUCCAAACGGAAGUGCCCCUCCACAAGAGCCGGUGAUCCGACUGCAACAACUCCCUACCACAUACCCGCCACGACGUUCCCCCACCCCCCCGGUACACAUCCCGCACAAUGAACCCCGCCAUCACAAACCUCAUUGUGGUCUUUGGGCUCAUGCAAGUGGCCAACAAGUUUGAGCUCGACAAGGAGGAGAACACCCCUUACCUCCGUGCUGCCUACCUCGGCAUGCAGAUCAUCUCCGUCAUUGUUUGGGGUCUCAUUUACAGCAAGGUCGUCGCCGCUAAUGACCAAACACCACUAGUCUACACGGAAGCUGCGAACGCUCUAGACCCCAGCAACACAACCACAAUCCGCACCACCGUCAAAGACUACGACAUCAAGAAGAUCAUCGAGCAGCUCCGCUCGCAGGCCAUCGCCGCAGCCAUCCUGGGUCUCAUGCACUUCAAGUUUGGAUACCUCCGCCCCCUUCUCUUGCAGUCCAUCCUCGGCUUCAAGGCUCUCUACUCGACUCAGCUUGUUCAGAUCCAUCUAUUGGGCAAGCAGCCUGUUGCGGAGCUGGUUAGGCCCUGGAAGGCCGCUAACCCUUUCGGGGAAACCGUCAAGCCAACAACCGAAAAGGAAAUCAAGGCCAAGGAGAAGCGGGAAGCCAAGAAGAAGGCCAACCACCAGGACUAAACCUACUUUGCGAGAAAAUACUUCUGCCCAACGAUCACUAAUAUGACAUGCAUGGGUGGAGACCGCCGUAUAUUUAUGUAUAGCAUUUUUGCGAAGCGGACAUUAUAUGCGUUUCCGGCCGGAUGCCGAGAGCUCAAAAGAGAAAAAAACUAUUGCGAUAUUGCAAGGGGAAAGGGAAGAAAGUCAUGUAUGUAGUUACC